ACUUUCAUAUCGUAUAUCUCCACCUCCAUCAUUUCUAGAGAGAGAAACAAGAGAGAGAGAGAGAGAGAGAAUGGCGAAGUUAAUGCCGACCCCAGAUGCGAUUUCGACCGUCUUGGCGAACAAGUCGCCGGACGAGUCGGUUGAGCUGCCGGAGAUAGUGGUCCAGGUCUCCGAUCUCACCCCUAGGGGAAAAUCUUACAUGUUUAUUGCUACUGAUGGAAAUGCGAAGCUAAAGGGGAUGCUUUCCUCGCGGCUGGGUCCCCAGGUCACAUCUGGGGAGAUUCAGAAUCUGGGUCUCAUUCGCGUUCUCGGUUAUUCUGUUAAUUUCAAUUCAAACUUAUCCGAAAAUUAUCUGCUUGUAACAAAAUGUGAUGUGGUUUCGGCUGCACUUGAGGCGGAGGUGAAAAAUGAGGUGAAAAAGGAAGAUGUUGGGAUUAUUUUGAAGCCCAAGCAAGAAAUGGUUUCGAAAUCUGCUGCUCAAAUUGUGAAUGAGCAGGCUGGGAAUAUGGCUCCGUCUGCGAGAAUGGCUAUGACACGAAGGGUUCACCCGCUUGUUUCCUUGAACCCUUACCAAGGAAAUUGGACCAUAAAGGUUCGUGUUACAAACAAGGGUACGAUGCGUACAUACAAGAAUGCUAGAGGUGAAGGUUGCGUCUUCAAUGUGGAGUUAACAGAUGAAGAUGGAACACAAAUUCAAGCAACAAUGUUUAAUGAAGCUGCAAAGAAGUUCUUUGAAAAGUUUGAGUUAGGAAAGGUUUAUUACAUUUCAAAGGGGUCUCUGCGGGUUGCUAACAAGCAGUUUAAGACAGUGCAAAAUGAUUAUGAAAUGACAUUAAAUGAGUAUUCUGAGGUGGAAGAAGCUAGCAAUGAAGCGGCCUUUGUUCCCGAAACAAAAUUCAAUUUUGUUCCAGUUGAUAUGUUGGGUCCCCAUGUUAAUGGAAAGGAGCUUGUGGAUGUUAUUGGAGUUGUUCAAAAUGUGUCUCCUACAAUGAGCAUUAGAAGGAAGAUCGACAAUGAGAGUAUUCCAAAGCGUGAUAUCACCAUUGCUGAUGAUACGAAGAAGACAGUUGUGGUUGCUUUGUGGGGUGAGCUUGCAACUAGUGUAGGCCAGCAAUUGCUUGACAUCGCUGAUCAAUCUCCCAUAGUCGCUAUCAAGUCCCUCAAAGUUGGAGACUUCCAAGGUGUAUCAUUGUCAACACUGAGCAAGAGCACAAUAUUGGUAAAUCCAGAAUCACCUGAGGCAAAGAAGUUGCGGUCCUGGUAUGAUUCUGAAGGUAAAGGUGCUUCAUUGGCCUCUGUUGGCUCUGGUAUGAGUCCAUCAGCCAAGAGUGGAGGAAGGUCCAUGUACUCUGACAAAGUCACCCUGUCUCAUAUAUCUGAGGACCCGUCCUUGGGUGAGGAUAAGCCUGUGUUUUUCAGUGUUAAAGCGUUCAUAAGUUCAAUCAGGCCUGAUCAGGCAAUGUGGUACCGCGCUUGCAAAACUUGCAACAAGAAGGUGACUGAAGCUAUUGGUUCUGGAUACUGGUGUGAAGGGUGCCAGAAAAAUGAUGAAGAAUGCAGUUUAAGGUAUAUAUCAGUUGCAAGAGUUACUGAUGUAAGUGGGGAAACAUAUCUUUCUCUAUUCAACGACGAAGCUGAGAGGGUCAUCGGGUGCUCUGCAGAUGAACUGGACAAAUUGAAAUCACAGGACGGAGACGAGAAUGAAUUCCAACAAAAACUGAAAGAAGCAACUUGGGUUCCUCAUCUUUUUAGGGUCAGUGUUACUCUGAAUGAGUACAAUAACGAGAAGCGGAAGAGGAUAACUGCCAGGGCAGUCGCUCCGGUUGAUUUUGCUGCUGAAUCGAGGUUUUUGCUUGAAGAGAUAUCGAAGAUGAAGGCCUCAUAAGUUAAUGGUGUAGAAGGAUGGUGAAGAAUGAAAAUGGUGUCUAGGCAGAUGCAACUUUAAUCUCUCUGAUUUAGGGUUCUGUAUGUUUGGGGAAGGGCAGUUGGGAUUAAUUGCAGAUGUUGGUUCUAAAUGCCAUGAGAAAUGCCUGAUAGUGUUGAUCUAGUUGUAUAAAUGCACUUCUUUUAUAAUGCUUUAUUCCUUUGUGUGAUUCACAUUUUUCUAUGGAUGCUGAUAAUUUGACUGAAUGAUUUACUGAUGGCAAUUUAACCCGUCAA